GCGUCCGGACGGCCUGCGGGCGGCACGCAGUCCACACCCCACCCUGCCCGCGCGCCCCGCCGGCCGGCCGCACCCCUGCCCAGCAUGUCGGCGCUCGAGUGGUACGCCCACAAGUCGCUGGGCGACGGCAUCUUCUGGAUCCAAGAACGCUUCUACGAGUCGGGCAACCGCGCCAACAUCUGGCUGGUGCGUGGCUCCGAGCAGGAUGUGGUGAUCGACACGGGCCUGGGGCUGCGCAGCCUCCCGGAAUACCUGUACUCCUCGGGCCUGUUGCAGGACUGCGGGGCCAAGGAGGAGGAGGACGCGGCCCGCCGGCCGCUGCUGGCCGUGGCCACCCACGUGCACUUCGACCACUCGGGCGGCCUCUACCAGUUCGACCAGGUGGCCGUGCACCACGCCGAGGCCGAGGCCCUGGCCCGCGGGGACAACUUUGAGACGGUGACCUGGCUCUCCGACAGCGAGGUGGUGCGGGCGCCCAGCCCCGGCUGGAGGGCCAGGCAGUUCCGGGUGCAGGCGGUGCAGCCCACCCUGGUCCUGCAGGAUGGGGAUGUGAUCAACCUUGGUGACAGACAGCUCACUGUCAUGCACAUGCCAGGUCACUCCAGAGGUAGUAUUUGCUUGCAUGACAAAGACCGAAAGAUUCUCUUCAGUGGAGAUGUCGUGUACGAUGGAUCGCUGAUUGACUGGCUCCCAUACAGCAGGAUAAGUGACUAUGUUGGCACUUGCGAACGUCUGAUAGAAUUAGUGGACAGAGGUCUGGUGGAGAAGGUGCUUCCUGGCCACUUCAAUACCUUUGGUGCCGAAAGGCUUUUUCGAUUGGCUUCUAACUAUAUUUCAAAAGCUGGGAUAUGUCACAAAGUGUCUACAUUUGCCAUGAGAUCUCUUGCAAGUCUAGCCCUACGUGUAACAAAUUCUAGGACCUCACCCUAAUAUAUAUAUAUAUAUAUGUAUAUAUUCUCUCCACCUAUUUUUGUUAAUUAUAUAAAUUAGUCCAAUUCGUUUGUGCUGCUUUAAGUGGUUAAUAGUGAGCAUUUCAAGAACUGCUUUUAUAUAACUAUUGCGUAUUAGAAAAAAAGAUUUGAAAAUGAUACAUAAAAAUUAGAGUGUUUUCUUUUACAUAAGAAAUUACUUAAAUAAGCUUAUCAUUUACCAAUGCUGUCAUAAAGACUCUAGAAAAUGCCAUACUAAUAUAGUAUGUAGCAUAGUAUGCCCAUUUUUAAAAGUUCAUUUCCUAAGUGAUCUAAGAAAAGAGGCACUUAAAUUUUUACUAAACUUGAGUUUUUAGAAUUUCAUUUAAAGAUUAAGUUUCCUUGGCCUGAAAAAUGCAUUAGAACUAAAUGGAAAUGCACAAACUUAGAAAGACAGCUAAAGCAUCCCAUGAUUAUGGUCUUGUAUUUUUAUGCUUUUAUUUAAUUUAUUCUUUAUGUAAUUAUAGUAUUUAUUUAUUCUGUGUACAUUAACUUAUGAAAAGUACAAUAAAAUUUGUUUUAUAGCAAAGCUUUAAAUAUAAAUGGAGUGCUUCAGUAAAAAGCUACUAUAUAUUAUUGUUUGUUAUUAUGUAAUAUUUUUCAGUCAUGAAAGUGAAAUUCAAAUGUAUAUAAUCUAACUACCAACUGUUAGACUUCUUAAAAGGACACUGUCAGGCAAAUCUGAAAAUAUACACAUUGAGAAUAAUUUUUUAUUAUAACCUAUUUUAAUAUUAAUAGCUAAUAUAAAAAAUUUGUCUUGUUAAGUAGGAACUUCAGUAUUGUGUCAUGUUUUACAGUAUUAAAGCAAGUAUAGAUAUCUAUGAUAUCUUGAUAUAAACCAUUCUUUUACUUGACAUAACAUAUAUAUAUGUACCACAAAGGGAUUUUUAAAUUAAUCUCAAAAUGUGUAUUAUGUAUUGGCCUAGAGUGAAUUGCCUUUCUAUCCUGAUUCACAACACCUAUUCCUGUUUGGUAUUCUUUGUCUUGAACUAAACAAGUCUACAUUCAUAAAGUCAUAGGGAAAGUAAAACCACUAUUUAGUAAUUGUUUUGGUUUGGUGCUCUUGAUAAUUUAUCACAAAGCUUUUUGAAAUAUUUCAUAAAGGUUUUUAAACCAGUUUUUUUCCUACUGCCUUUUUAUUAUUGACAUAUCUCAAAGCAAACUGAUGCAGAUUUGGGAAUCAAAUCUUUUACUACUAGAAAAGUAGAGCAAUUCUGAUUUCUGUCAAAUUAUAUAACUUUUUCUACCUUACAGACGCCAGGUACUUUAGGUUUAGUUUUUUUUUUUUUAAUUAAUUCACUUAAUACACAGAGACACACAUCACACAUGCAUAUACACAGCCAGAACGUACAUGCACAACACUGUGCUAAACACUGUGGAAGUCAUAGAUAAUAUUAUAGCUGGGAGUAGAAGGCACUCAAUAUGAUAAUAUAUGCAAGUUGAAAUUCAUAUAAAUUAUGCUUGAGUAUAGAGGACAUAAGGAAAGAAGUGUGAAGUUUUGUUAGGGAAAAUUUCCUAGAGGAGGGGUUUUGAGUCACAUUUGCAAGGAUGAUUUGUUAGGGCGUCAGGGUAGGAAACAAAAAGAUUCAAGAGUAGAGAUGCCAGCACGGCUGUAUAGUCUUUUUCUUGUAAUAAUAUACAUUCAAUCUUCAGGAAUACUAUUUCUUCCAAACACCAUGUAUUUAGUCUGAAAAAGAUGAGUUUGUGAUUUGUUUAUAUGAGUAAUCUUUGAUGACAUGGACUAACUGCCAGAUGCCACCAAACGAACCUUUACAUAGCUAGAAAGGAGGCUAUGAUUGGUUCAAAUAUAGAAUAUCAUGAGUGAUCUGGGAUGGUCAUUCAAGGCAGUAGAGCUGUUUCAGCUGAUAACAUGAUGGUUCAGGGCAACUAUAAUGACUUGAUGAGCCUUAAAUAUAGCCAUUAUUUUUAUAUCAGUAGCACAAAAGAAAACCAAAAGUCCUUAACCAUUGACCAUUUCAUCUAUAGUUUAAGAUUUAUUUUAAAAUUAGGGUAUAGUAUGCAUUAAAUAUUAUUAGGAAAAAGUUACUCCAAUUGAGGGUUUCUCCUUAUUUUUAAAAAAUGUAAUUUUCCAGAAUACAUUAAUAUUAUUUGUUAAAUUAACAUUUUUUUCCACCUGUAAUUCAUAAUAAGACUAUGAUAUUUUGUUAUUGCUACCAUGUGAAUAAAAUGGGAACACAUUGGGAAAGGAUAUCAUUCAUUAAGUACCCAUGCUAUAUGUUUUAAGUAUGCAUUUUUAAAAUUCAGUCCUGGUUCUAGGAACAAGAAGUAAUUACCCUGCCUCACACAACAUGGCCUAGGGACAGACCUGAUGACUGAACACAGUGCUUUUUUCUCUUAUAACUGCACAAUACACAAAAUUGGCAAAGUGUAUUUUUAUUUUCUAAGAUACCACAUGUGCCAAGUACAAAUCAAAUAAUCCUAACACAUAAUAUCAUAUUUUAAAAAAUUUUAAAACAUAUAUUUUCACCCUGACAGUGACCCUUGUAAUUUAUGAUUUUUGAAAAUAUAAGUACGUAAGUAACUUGAAGUCAUCAAAAUGUAGUACAUUUAAAAAUAAUUCUUACUUGUGUUGUUACUAAUUGUCUAAUGCUUGUUCUUAUUUGCUGUCUGUUUAAUUGAAAAAUUGUGUAUGUUCUGAUAUAGUUGGGUAAAUGAUUACGUGUACUUGUUCAUAUAUGGAUAGUGAUAUGAAUGUGACAUGCACAAGCUUCCCCCUUAUGGUUGUCAAAUAUGUGUAAGUAAACAUCUGUGUAAUAAAUAUUAAAAUGGGCAUUGAUUUCAA